AUGGCUUUGGAGCUAACGAACCGCGUUCCCUCAUAUUUCAAUGAAAUUGCAGCCAAGGUGGACCUGUCAAUGGUUGGCCUCAGUGUUGUAGCUUUACUAGCAGUUUACGUUAGUAACUACAUUUACAGAUGGAGAAAUCCCAAAUGCAGCGGUGCCCUUCCUCCUGGUUCUAUGGGCCUCCCCAUGAUUGGAGAAUCCCUUCAGUUAGUACUCCCAAAUGCUUCCAUAGACCUUCCACCGUUUUUGAAGAAGAGAAUUAAGAGGUAUGGUCCGAUUUUCAAAACCAAUGUUGCGGGCAGGCCUGUCAUCAUCACAGCAGACCCGGAAUUCAACCAUUUUCUCCUUCGCCAAGAUGGAAAACUGGUUGAUACAUGGUCGAUGGACACUUUUGCUGAAGUCUUUGAUCAGGCUAGUCAGUCUUCCAAAAAGUAUACCAGACACUUGACCUUGAACCACUUUGGCGUGGAUUCCCUUAAAGAGAAGCUACUUCCGCAAAUGGAAGAUAUGGUUUGCGAAACCCUUCGUAAAUGGUCAAGUGAAGAAUCAAUUGAAGUGAAAGGAGCAGCGGUUACAAUGACAAUCAAUUUUGCUGCAAAACAGAUCUUCAGCGGUGACCUUGAAAAUGCACCGUUGAAUAUUAGUGAAAUGUUCAAGGACUUGGUAGAAGGACUCAUGUCCUUUCCUAUCAACAUCCCUGGGACUGCACAUCACAAAUGUUUACAGAUCCACAAGAAGGUCAGAAAAAUGAUGAAGGAUGUGGUGCAAAAGAGGCUAGCAGCCCCUGAGAGAACUCAGGGAGACUUGCUUGACCACAUCAUCCAAGACAUGGACACCGAGACAUACAUUAAAGAGGAUUUCGUAGUACAGUUGAUGUUUGGUCUGUUAUUUGUCACCUCCGAUUCUAUUUCGACAACAUUAGCUUUGGCAUUCAAGUUGCUUGCUGAACAUCCUGCAGUCUUGGAGGAAUUAACUGUUAUCAAUGAAGUUCUCAGGCUGGGGAACAUUGCACCAGGGUUUUUCCGCAGAGCCCUGAAAGACAUCCCUGUCAAUGGAUAUACAAUUCCAGAAGGCUGGGUGAUUAUGAUCGCCACAGCAGCUCUACAUUUGAAUUCCAACCAAUUUGAAGAUCCCCUUGCCUUCAAUCCAUGGCGCUGGAAGAACAUCCAGCCAAGUGUUGUAUCAAAAUGUUUUAUGCCAUUCGGGUCAGGCAUGAAGCAGUGUGCAGGAGCUGAGUACAGCAGGGUGUUGUUGGCUACCUUCCUACAUGUCUUGGUCACAAAAUAUAGAUGGGCUAUGGUCAAGGGAGGAAAGAUCGUCCGAGCUCCUAUCAUAAGGUUUCCUGAUGGAUUUCAUUUCAAAAUCUCAGAGAAGAGCAACUAA